UGAGAAUGUGACAUCCCUGCCACUCCCCCCUGCGCUUCAUGAUGGAGUUACGAGGAUCUACUGCUCACCUUGAGCGAGAGUCGAUGUUCAAUGUCUUACUGCAGGUUUCAGUCCUUGCUACUCCGGACUAUUGACUGAUCGACAGCCGAUAUCCCCCAUCUAGCACAUGCCAACAACACAAUCCAUCUGAACUGCAUCUAUCACUUAAGAGGCUUCUCAGACCGGCAGGCCUGCUUUCCCGGCUUUUGCUCUUUCAACAACAUCUCACAAUAUGGUUCGCAUGAAAGCUUUGAGCACAUUUGUGCUCCCAGGGCUCGCAAGUCACCUCUCCAUGGUGGCAGCGGCGGGACAAACAUGCGAGAACGGAGUACGCCCAUACUCAGCAUGGUUGGCCGAUAGUGUCAUCGCUCGCAAAGAUGCGCUGUUGAACGCUGACACUGAAAAUGAUAUCGCACUCUCCUUGAAGCUUGGACUGUUCCAACUUAGCGUUAUCCAUCUCAAGGAGUACUACGAUGCUGCAUCAUGCGCAAAGGAGGACUGGGAUGCAUAUCUGAAAGAGGCUACCGAUAGUAUUCUGCCGACAGUGUUGAACGUGACUGGCGAUAUUGAAGCUCCCAUGGACAUAUUUGCCACGGCUAACGGGCUGUACUACCAAUAUGAGAAGUCCGGUGACGAAAGUUACAAGCAAGGCCUUGAUGCUCUGAGAAAGGCAUACGACGGCAGGAAACGCAACUCAGAGGGCGGCUUCUGGUACUAUAACGCCCGGCCGAACCUCAGCUAUCUGGAUGAGACCUAUCCCUUGGGCGCCUUUACUACCGUGUACAAGAACCGCUUCGAGCCCACCAACGCCACCCUGGCUGAGAACCUCAGCAAAGACCUCAAUCAAUUUAAGGACCAUUGUCACCACGACACUGGCCUGAUGGCGCAUGGCUACGACGCCUCCAAGUCAGCCCCGUGGGCGAAUAAGACUACUGGGGCAAGCCCAUACGUCUGGGAUCGCGCCCUCGGAUGGUACCACAUGGGACUCGUGGAGCUUCUCCAUAAUGCAGAUGAAUUCCCUGGCCUUCUGAAUCAGACGCAACGAGAUGACGCUUACAAGAAGUAUUACAAUCUGGCAAACACGAUCAUCAACGAUGUAGACGAGACCACGGGGUGUUGGUGGCAGGUGAUGGAGCAUGGAGGGGAGCAAGGCAAUUAUAUCGAGACGAGUGGAUCGGCCAUUUUCACCUACUCCAUUCUCAAGGGUGUGCGGCUAGGCUAUCUGACGGGUGUUCACCCCGAGAGCGGAAAAGAUUACAAGCAGACGGCGGAGAAGUGCUAUAGUUGGCUGCUCGAGAAUCGAGUGGUCCGGGACGAUAGCGGCACGUUGAGUGUAAAUGGCACAGUUGGGGUCUGCACGUUAGAAGAUCCGACAUAUGAGUACUACACUACCCAGCCGCUGUCAUAUAACAGUGUGUUCGGGGCGGCGCCGUUGGUGAUGGCGAGCUUGGAGCAUGAAAUGGCUGCCAAUGCGGUGAGCUCCUGACCAGUUAAGCAGCAUAAUCGAGAAGAGCUCGGAUUACUGAGAGGCAACUGUUGGAGAGGUUAUGUAAUGGAUGAUGGUACAUGUCUUUGAUAAUAAAGCAGUAGGAUCCAAGAAAAGCACAAGCCGACAAUGGGAUAUACAAGGGUCUAGUCACAUAUGCCAGGUUAACAUACCGGCAAGGAAUCAAAGCCUGUCUAGGGGAUUGUGUUCCAGGAAUUGAGGAUGCAAAGGCCAAGUACGGUCGAGUUUGCCUCGUGCACAAAUACUUCGUGCCGACUGUAAGGAUACCAUCGAACCAGUCCCUUCUUACUUCGCCAGGGGAAGCGAAGAUGCCAAUGCGAGCUAUUCCGUGCUUGUAAGGACGGCCUAGCAGAGUUGAAUUAGAAUUCAGUAUGUGUACCAAGUGUGAGUGGUCAUAUACUGUCUAUCAUGCUUGAAGUAAGGACUUCAUAAUAGGGAGAUUUGGGGCAUUAAAGAAAUUGUAAGCAGG